AUUUCCUCUCCGCCUUCCUCCUCACAUCUCCUACUCUCCCCCGCCUUCCUCGCUUCUCCGGCCUGCCUUCCUCGAGUUGAGUUCGGCUGGAAUCGCGGGGUCUUGCGAACCGUGCGUGCUCGAGGACGCGGUGAUCGCGAGCGCGCGCGUCCGGACUAGCAUGGAGCAGAGGAGCCUGCUCGCCUCGGCGGUGGGCAUGGGCGUGGGCGUCGGGCUGGGGCUCGCGUCGGCGAGGUGGGCCAAGCCGGCGCAGGCGGCCGAGGGAGGUAGUGGCGGCGCGGGCGCCGCGGAGGUGGAGGCGGAGCUGCGGCGGCUGCUGCUGGACGGCCGCGACAGCGAGGUCACCUUCGACGAGUUCCACCACCGCCACUGCUACCUCAGCGAGCAGACCAAGGAGGUGCUCAUCAGCGCGGCCUUCGUGCACCUCAAGCAGGCCGACCUGUCCAAGCACAUCCGGAACCUCUCCGCCGCCAGCCGCGCCAUCCUCCUCUCCGGCCCCACCGAGGCUUACCUGCAGUCGCUUGCGAAGGCUCUGUCGCACUACUACAAGGCCCGGCUGCUGCUCCUCGACGUCACCGACUUCUCGCUCCGGAUCCAGAGCAAGUAUGGGGGCUCCGGCAAGGCCUUGGUUCAGAACCAGUCCGUGUCCGAGACGACGUUCGGGAGAGUGUCCGAUUUCAUUGGAUCUUUUGCAAUGUUUCCAAAGAAGGAUGAGCCUAGAGAAUCAUUGCGUCGUCAGACAAGCAGUGCAGAUUCGAGAGCUAGAGGUUCUGAUGUUGCUAGCAAUGACCCUUUACUCCGGAAAAAUGCUUCUAUGCCAUCUGAUAUGAGUGACGUAGCAUCACAAUGUUCUGUGCAUUCAGCUAGGCGAGCCAGAAGCUGGUGUUUCGAUGAGAAAGUUCUGAUACAGUCACUUUACAAGGUCAUGAUUUCUGUGGCCGAAAGCGAUCCCAUUAUUCUUUACAUAAGGGAUGUUGACCACUUCCUUCACAGAUCCCAAAGAACUUACACCAUGUUCCAGAAAAUGUUAGCCAAGUUAUCUGGGCAAGUGCUGAUACUAGGUUCCCGGUUACAUAACUCUGACGCUGAGUACAACGGUAUGGAAGACAGAGUUAGUAGCCUGUUUCCUUAUCAUGUUGAUAUUAAACCCCCACAGGAAGAAAUCCAUCUCAAUGGUUGGAAGACUCAAAUGGAAGAAGACGCAAGGAAAAUUCAGAUUCAGGACAACAGAAACCACAUUGUGGAGGUACUCUCGGCAAACGAUCUAGACUGCGAUGAUUUGAGCUCAAUCUGCCAAGCAGACACUAUGGUUCUCAGCAACUACAUCGAGGAAAUUAUUGUGUCGGCAGUCUCUUACCAUUUGGUUCAUACCAAGGAUCCUGAAUACAAAAAUGGGAAGCUCCUUUUGUCUUCCAAAAGUCUGUCUCAUGGAUUAAGCAUUUUUCAAGAAACUGGCCUUGGUGGGAAAGACACGCUGAAACUCGAAGCAAACGAGUUUGCAAAGGAUGGUCUGAAAGGUGCACCUGGAUCUAAGAAACCUGAGAGUGAUAAAUCGCCGGGUAAAGAUGGCGAUGCCCCACCGCCAAAACCAGAAAUACCUGACAAUGAGUUUGAAAAGCGUAUCAGACCAGAGGUUAUACCACCAAGUGAGCUAGGAGUGACAUUUGAUGACAUUGGAGCCCUGGCUGAUAUCAAAGAGUCUCUUCAGGAGCUGGUCAUGCUUCCUCUUCGACGGCCCGACCUUUUCAAGGGAGGAGGACUUCUAAAGCCUUGCCGCGGAAUUUUAUUGUUCGGGCCACCAGGGACUGGCAAGACAAUGCUUGCUAAGGCUAUAGCAAAUGAUGCAGGUGCCAGCUUCAUCAAUGUGUCAAUGUCCACCAUCACAUCCAAAUGGUUUGGGGAGGACGAGAAGAAUGUCCGAGCAUUGUUCAGCUUGGCUGCGAAGGUGGCUCCUACUAUCAUCUUUGUGGAUGAGGUAGAUAGCAUGUUGGGGCAGCGCGCUCGCUGCGGUGAGCAUGAGGCGAUGCGGAAGAUCAAGAAUGAGUUCAUGAGCCAUUGGGAUGGUAUCUUGUCGAAGUCCGGUGAAAGAAUCCUUGUUCUUGCCGCGACAAAUAGACCGUUCGACCUUGAUGAAGCCAUCAUUAGGAGAUUUGAGCGCAGAAUCAUGGUUGGCCUUCCCACUCAAGAUAGCAGAGAGCUGAUUUUAAGGACAGUUUUGUCGAAGGAGAAGGUCGAUAAAGACAUCGAGUACAAGGAGCUUGCGACAAUGACCGAAGGUUACAGCGGCAGUGAUCUUAAGAAUCUUUGUGUGACAGCUGCUUACCGACCAGUUAGGGAGCUCCUGAAGAAAGAACGGUUGAAAGAGAUGGAAAGAAGGAAAACGGAGGCGAAGCAGAAAACCGCCGCGGCAGCAGAGGAUUCAGACAAGGCAGAGAGCAAGAAGGUGAGUUCAGAGAACAAAGACAGUUCAGAGAAGGUGGAUUCAGAUGGCAAAGAGGGUGAUUCAGAAAGCAGGGUUGAUGCCUCGGAAGCCAAGACUGAAGGCGACAAGGAAGCGGCCGUCGAUCUUAGGCCACUGACGAUGGAGGACCUGAGGCAGGCCAAAAAUCAGGUCGCCGCGAGCUUCGCCGCGGAGGGCGCUGUCAUGAACGAGCUGAAGCAGUGGAACGACCUCUACGGCGAAGGAGGGUCGAGGAAGAAGGAGCAGCUGACCUACUUUUUGUAGAACCGGAAGGAUGGUGGAUGUGUCGUGUUGGGCAAAUCGCUGAAGCCUUGGCAGAGCAUGAGCAUACAUAUGUUGGUGGGAAAAGGAGAGAGGAUUUCCUGUGAGCAACCGUGAGUUAGGAUCUUGGAAUGAAUGGACUCCUUGAGAUGUGUGGCAGGGGGCAUUGGAUCAUGUACGAUUCUUUUAUACGAACAAGUAUUGUAGUUAUUCAUUAUUAUAUAUGUUGUAGCUGGUUUGUUAGCCUGUGUGUAUAUCUGGAUUGAAUUUUAGCAUGGACUGUUUAUGUUUAGGCUAUUUGUAAUGUGAAGGACUAUUAGAAAUAUAGUAUGUCAGUGUUAUUUAGUGCCA